CUGAAACUUCCAUUGGGUGGUGGUUAGAUUUCUCUUGUAACUUUUUUAUUCAAACAUCUUUACCAAGUCAACAACAAUGGAAUCCUCUCAAUAUGAUGUUCAACCUACGGAUGCCGAAUCUAUCUCUGCAAUGCUCUCAAUGCCAGUGAAUUUCACUAUUGACCCCCUGGUCACCGUAGCUUCCCCUGUUUCUCAAGACCUCUUUUCCAGUUCAAGAGAACCAAGUCCAGUAAAUUCUGAGUAUUCUAGUGUCAAAAACAUUACACCUCGUCAGUUUGCUGAAGAACUACAGGCUCAGCCAGAACCUUCUCCAACAACAAAAGAGCAGAAAGCUAAAGAAAGAGUGUUACGUAAUCGAGCAGCCGCACAAGAAUCGCGCGAUAAAAAGCGUCGCUAUGUCGCUACACUUGAGUCCACAAACGAACAACUCAAACAAGAAAAUGAUCAGAUUACAAAGCGUGCAAAACUUUUGGAAGCACAAAACGAGGCACUGACGACCCAACUCGAAGCCUUUAGUCGUCAGUUGGCAGAACUCCAGGCUCAAGUCAAAUCCAAUUCCCCUUCCUCCUUUAUGUUUCAUGGCUUUUGCGAUUCAGCACGGAUCGCGAACAGGCUCAAGAGCUUAUUUUAAGAUCUCGAUUGCUGGAACCCUCCAAGAAUACCUUGUUUCUCUAUCUUUGCUUUGUCGUACUCAACGUCCUAAAAUCCACCACCCAAUGGAAUUCCCUUUUGCAAAGCGGGACUUAAGCUUCAACGAUCGUACCAACUCUCAAUCUCAUCAAGUUCUAGGCCUGUCUCUGCAGCGGAGGCUGUAAAUCAUAAAGAAGAAAGUAUACUCAAUGGUUCUGCAGAAUUUGGCUCGCCCCCAUUAUCGCAUUUCUCCUCUGAUGAAGAUGACGGUUUGUCUCUGUCCGACAUCUUUCCCCUAGAGUUUCGAUUAGAUGAUCUUUUCGACUGGAAUGGCCAGCAGAUCUCUUCAAUCACAACCAAUUCUGUUUCCCAUUGAGUAUGAAUUUGAACUUUUUACUUAUUUUUUUGCCUUUCUAUGUUUCCCUUAUGUUUUAUAUUGCUCAUCAUUUCUCCUCUAAUAAAUACACACACAUGCAGUCAUCU